AGUACUGAAGGAUUCUGUCUCUGGAGACUCUGUUUGAAUGGACACCGGGCUCAGACGAAGACUUGUCUAUCUGACUCAUUAUUCAGUGACACACACUUGAGAAAGUCAUUGACCUUUGACCUCAUGGGUGCCACCCAGCUUCCCCAUGCUUCUCCUUCCCCGACCGCUGAAGACACAUCACCAACGAACACCCUGGUCACCACGGAUAUAGUGGUGCUGGUCAUCUAUUUCAUCUUGAUCCUGGGUGUGGGAUUAUGGUCAAUGUGGAAGACCAAGAGGAGCACAGUAGAUGGGUACUUUCUGGCAGGCAAAAAUAUGACUUGGUGGCCGGUGGGUGCAUCACUUUUUGCCAGUAAUGUUGGCAGCGGUCACUUCAUUGGACUGGCAGGCUCAGGGGCAGCAGCUGGUAUUGGUGCCGCUGCUUAUGAAUGGAACGGAAUGAUCAUGGUGUUGCUUUUGGGCUGGCUAUUUUUGCCCAUCUACAUUGCAUCAAGGGUCACAACAAUGCCGGAGUAUUUACAGAAAAGAUUUGGAGGCAAAAGAAUACCGUUAUUCCUUUGUGUUUUAUAUCUAUUUAUUUACAUCUUCACCAAAAUAUCAGUGGACAUGUAUGCAGGAGCCGUGUUCAUCCAGCAGGCUCUCCAGUGGAACAUCUACCUCGCCGUGGUUUUGCUUCUGGGCAUCACAGCCCUCUACACCAUAGCGGGUGGUCUGGCAGCUGUGAUCUACACUGAUGCAGUUCAGACUGUCAUCAUGGUAUUAGGAGCCUUGAUCCUCAUGGGCUUCAGUUUUUCGGAGGUCGGAGGAAUUCAAGCAGUUCUGGACAGGUAUCCUCAGGCCAUACCCUCCGUCCGAGUCCCCAACACUACCUGCGGGAUUCCUCGAGAAGACGCCUUUCAUAUUUUCCGUCACCCCGUGACCUCUGACCUCCCCUGGCCGGGGGUCAUUCUGGGCAUGUCUGUGCCCUCCAUGUGGUACUGGUGUUCUGACCAGGUUAUAGUCCAGCGCUCGCUGGCUUCUAAAAACAUUCUUCAUGCUAAAGGAGGAUCUUUGCUGGCUGCUUACCUCAAAGUUCUGCCCUUCUUCAUGAUGGUCCUCCCUGGGAUGAUAAGCAGGAUCCUUUAUCCAGAUGAGGUGGGUUGUGCAGACCCUGACGUGUGUAAGCAGGUGUGUGGAAACCCGGUGGGCUGCUCUGACAUCGCUUAUGCCAAACUAGUCAUGGAGCUUCUCCCUGCAGGUCUGAGGGGUUUGAUGAUGGCCGUAAUGCUGGCCGCUCUCAUGUCCUCCUUGACCUCUAUAUUCAACAGUUCCAGCACCAUCUUCACCAUGGAUCUGUGGAGGCACAUCCGAAGAUCUGCUUCUGAGUGGGAGCUCAUGAUCGUGGGCAGAGUAUUUGUGUUGGUGUUAGUGGUGGUGUCAGUGCUGUGGAUUCCGCUGGUUCAGGCCAGUCAGGGUGGACAGCUCUUCAUCUACAUUCAGUCCAUCAGCAUGUACCUGCAGCCUCCAGUAUCUGUGGUCUUCCUCUGUGGAUGCUUCUGGAAACGUGCUAAUGAGAAGGGGGCGUUCUGGGGGCUGAUACUGGGCUUAUUGGUGGGAUGCAUUCGGAUGAUUUUGGACUUUGUGUACCCCACACCGGUCUGCUACGAGAGCGACACCAGACCCGACAUCAUCAAAUAUGUCCACUAUUUGUAUUUUUCCAUCAUUCUCACUGUCUUCACACUCAUCGUGGUGGUUUGUAUUAGUUUGGCUACGGAGGAGCCCAAACCUGAGCAGAUCAGUCGAUUGACAUGGUACACACGUUUUGAUCCAGUGAAGACGACCGACGAGGUUGCCAUUACAGAUCUCUACUCAAUCGAGACCGACACACAGUACACAAAAGAGAUGGAAACCGAUGUCCACAAAACAAAAGACGACUUCUGUGGUACUGAGCCCGAUGAGAAGAGUUCAUCCAAGCUGAAAUCUGCUUUGUUAUGGAUCUGUGGAAUGGAGAAGGAAAAGGGAGAGAAACCCACGAUCCCUCCACCAGAGACGCCGGUGUGCUCGCUCAAUGAAGACCCCUGCAUGAGUCACCUGUUAAACGCCAACCUGAUCGUCUGUCUGUCUGUGGCUGUGUUUCUCAUUGCUUACUGGGCCUAGACUCAUGUUUUUUUAUCAUGUAUGGUAGUAAACCUUCAUUGGAGAAUCUCAUCAAACCAUGUGCAGCUCAUGAAAAAAAGCUGGUUUAAGAAGAUAAGAUUUUCUGCUAAAUAUUCAAUACAAUAUUUGUACAUAAGGGAAAUGGCCAUUAAAUCGUUUUGGUUUUUUAAAGCAACGCUCUUGACAAGUUUUGUGAAAGUCACCAUCACAGAUUUAUAUAUUUAUUUAUCAACAAUCAGUUCAUACUUUUUGGAUAAAAUACUGUUUUGGUAAUGUGAUGUGUAAAUUCAACUGACAACGUUCAUCGGUUUUGUUCGUUCCAAGUGGUAACUUAUUGUUGCAAUAAAUACAACUUUCUUUUAGAACUGACUCCAUGUUUCUAUAAUCAUUUAGCAUUUUAUUAGAUAUAGAAUUAGAAAAAAAGCAUCUGUGUUGAAAAGAAAAGGAUUUGUGCACACAAAAAACAGAAAUCAUUAUGUACACUUGAGUAGAGGUAACAGAUGCACAGAAAUAGAUACACACUCCUUUCAGAGAGACAAAUGACUUUUGGCUUUCUAGCAUGUUUCCUGAGCUCAGUGGAUCUUUAAACCUUUGUAUUCACAUUGAGUUGUCAGUGCUCUUUUUGGCGUAACUCGUGAAGUAUACAUUUAUAACCAAUAUAGCAACAUACCAAUAAGCAAUAUCUGUGGUCUUUUUCCAGACGAUACAGUUAAAGGUUUACGUUUAUAUCAGUUAAUUAUGGAAAGAUAAAAACAGAUUCCAACAGAUGAUAAUGUUAUGUUUAUUCUAAGCUUGCAUGCUGUUUCACAUAUUAAAUGCUUUAAAGUCGAAUGGAUUUUGAAUGGCUGUCAAUGUUUUAUGGUUCAUUAGCUCGAAAUCAUUUUUUUAGUUGUGGGGUUCAUGCCCCGUUUUUCCCAAAAUUCAGAAAUAUAUUUUUUAAUAGUUGUCGUCCUUGUGGCAUAUGGCCCUAAAAGUGUAAGUUCAUCCAAUUUGAAAAAAUGGAAAUUCAUUAUUUACUCACCCUCAGAUUGUUUCAAACCUCUAUAAAUGUAUUUGUUCCACCAAACACAAAGGAAGAUAUUUGGAAGAAUGUCAGUGAUCGAGCAGACCUCAUCCCCAAUUGACUCCGAUAGUAUUUAUUUUCCCUACUAUGGCAGUAAAUGGGGGAUGA